AGUUUUUUCACAAAACCUCUCUCUCUCUCUCUCUCUCUCUCUCUCUCUCACUAGCAAUGGCUGCAACGAUGAUGUUAAUUGCAGCACUACUCUUAUGGAGUUCAGAGGCUUUGCAGCAUAGAGUUGGAGAUUCAAUCUGGUCAAUCCCUCCCACCAUUAACUUCUACAAAAACUGGUCUUCUUCCUACACCUUCCACACCGGAGAUACUCUCUAUUUCGACUUCGAUUCGGGGCUCUACAACGUGCUUCAAGUGUCGAGGGGCGAGUUCGACCGGUGCACCGGAGACGAGCCGUACAACGCCGCCUACGACGGCCCGGCAACGAUCCCUCUGCCCCUCGAAGGGGUGUCUUAUUACGUAUGCAAUGUGUCUAACUACUGUGCCUUGGGACAGAAGGUUUGGAUCAUUGUGGAACAGAGUUGAUUUAUACCAAAUCAAGAAAAUAUUUUAUGUUGCACCUUUUUUUUUUUUUGGAUCUAGUAGUUUUUUUAUAGCUUUUGAGGUUUGGAAAUUUGGAAAAUUCCAUGUUGAAAGUUUUGUGUAUUAUGGUUCUAUUAUAGUUUUUGUUUUGUUUGUGUAUUUCUGUCAGUUUUUGGUUUGAAAUCCUUUGUUAGUUCUGUGUGUUUUCAAUGUUGAAGAAACAUCAUAAAGUGUUUAUGAAUUUUCUUUUACAUUAUGAUUAAAAGAUAAUUCGAUGUUCAAAAUGAUGAAGCUUCAUAUAUGUAGAGAGGGGUGUCUGCAUCAUUAGCAAAAUGUUUAGGGACUUAUUUGCAAAUCUUGCAUAGGGAGUUAGUUAGAGCUGCAAGACUGUUGCUGCUUUAUUCUUUUCCUGUUAUCUUUUCUCUCAUUCCAUAUUAUUACUUUUCGUGUGUAUCAAGAGAGAGUUUUCUCUGAUGAGUGAAGAAACAACAGAGAGUCAAAAGAAGAGAGUUGAGCUAUGUGAUUUAGCUUGAGAGAUAAUUCUUUUCUGUUUUUGAUUGAGAGUUACUCUGUGAUCAAUGAUACUUUUCCCGUUUACCUUCCGUGGAUGUAGGAUUGUCAAAUCCGAACCACGUAAAUCUUUUGGUAUAUUGUGUUCUUGUUUUUGCUCGCUAUACUUAGCUCGUUUCUUGGUGAUUCUUGCUGAUUCUCCCUUACAAGUGGCGCCGUAUGUGGGAAGGAGGAUCGAAGGGUGAAAUCAGCGGGGUGUAAGUGUAACGAUGGCGACGGCGAAGUUUGAGGCCGAGAAAUUCACCGGAAAAAAUGAUUUUGGGCUGUGGCGAAUAAAGAUGAAGGCGAUGCCUGACCUCUAAUUUCAAGAUAAAUAGAUUGUUGUGGCGAAUGAAGGAAAAAGAAAAGAAGUAACGUGUUUAUAAAAAGAGGGACGAUCUAUGAGUAUUAUAUCAGAUUGUUUAAAUAGAUUUUAAGUCUAUGCAAGUAACAAAAAAUUAUUUGAGUAUUGAAAUGUCGACAUUUUCGAAACCAAAUCACGAAUAGAGUGUAAUUUGAAGAUGCAAA